CCAUAGUUUGCUAUCCACUGCUACUGUGAGAUUCAAGUGUCAAAGUCUCGGUCGUUCUUUUCAUCUCGCACGAAAUGAGUAGCUCCGGUGAAGUUAAAGUUAGCUCCAGUGAUGUGCUCCAAAUUGUCCAAAGACAUUAUCGGGAGUUUGACGAGAAAAGUUUAAAAAUUCUUGGCUAUGAUUUUGUUCCAUUCUCCAAUGACACCCAAGGGUUCCUUUCGCAUCAACAGUACCUUUGCGUUUUGCUUAAGCAUCAAACUAAAGACGGUAUCUUCGAAGAAAAGUUAAAAUUCUUUGCAAAGUUGAUGCCGAUCUCUAGCGAAUCUCUUACCAGUUACAUAGAGGAUUUCAACGUAUUCGACAAAGAAGCGAAUGUGUACCGAGUUCUGUUCCCACGGCUGCAAGGAAUCAACUUGGGAACGGAAUUUGCAGCAAAAUGCUUCAUGGCUAGAAACGAUAUUUUAGUUUUUGAAAAUUUAGCUGAGAAACAGUUUCGUCUGGGCACGAUGCCAGGAUCAAUUCUGGACUUCCAUCAUCUUAAAGUUGCACUCAAAACAUUAGCGAGCAUUCAUUCAGCUUCUAUCAUACUGGAAAGCAGGAGCAAAAAAUCCCUAUUGGAGCUCUACCCACAAUGUUUGCAGGAAAAUGCAUACCCUGAAGACAAGAACAGCACGUGGGUCGGCUUUGUUAAACUUACCAUUAAAACUCUUAGUAGCUUCAUUUCUUUGAUUCCAAAGUACAGAGAUUCCCCUGAUCUGGAUAUACUUAUCAAAAAAUUCAAUAAAACCUUGGAUAGGAUUUUCAUUUUCGCAAGGAAAUCGGACAAAUACCGAAAUGUGGUGAAUCAUGGAGACUUAUGGGCGAACAAUCUACUCUUCCGAUAUGAUACUAAGGAUCCCAAUUCUCCCAAACCUAUAGAGUGCCGGCUAGUUGAUUUCCAGUUAGUUCGCUAUGCACCGCCAAUGCUGGAUGUUCUCACCAUUCUAACCAUACCGACAACAAGUGCAUUUCGGAAAAAUUAUCUUGAUAACCUGCUGGAAUUAUAUUACGAGUUCAUGAAAGAUUUUUUGAAGGAUCAUAACAUCAACAUCGAGGAAGAGAUCCCAAAGGAGCAGUUUAACGAUAGUGUUGAAUAUUUCAAACUGGCUGGACUGAUAGAAAGCUGUUUGUUCUCGCAUAUUACCCUUCUGCCACCGGAUAUUGCUGACAGUAUUCACCAGAACUCUGCAGAUUUUGCAAAAUUUGCCACCCGGGAUAAAUUUGAAAUCUGCAAAAAGGCAUUUGAAAGCAAUCAGGUGUACAGAGAAAGGAUGACUGAUAUGAUAAGUGAAAUUAUGGAUAAUUAUGUACUAUAAUAAAAACUAAAGAGAGUUGUCUUUCA